CUGCUCAGCUCCAGCCCGGGUCUCUGAGCCCCCCGCUGCCUUUCUGCCCCCGCUGGCAGGCAGCCAGGGCUCGGCAUGCUGGAAACCUGUAUCCUCCCCGUCCCAUCCCACUGUCUCCUCCCAGCUGUGGGCUUACAAGGAGUGGCAGCUGGUGGGGUAUAUAAAAGCAGAAGAACCUCAGUCAUAUCCAAAGAAACUCCUGGAGCUCCUCAUACUCCUUCCCCUCCAGCCUUCACGUGAUCUAGCUUCCCCACGCAGGGGAGCCAAGGACAAGCCUCACUGUGCGAGAUGGCUGCCGCCAGCUGCCUCCCCCUGCUCCUCCUGCCCUGGCUGGUGAUGGCCUCGCACAGCCCACCUGGCUGCAAGAUCCGUAUCACCUCCAAAGGGCUGGACCUGGUAGAGCAGGAGGGACUGCGUUUCGUGGAGCAGGAGCUGCAGAACAUGACAGUGUCAGACUUGCAUGGGAAAGAGGGGCAGUUCCACUACAACAUCAGCCAGGUCAAGGUGACAGACCUGCAGCUGGCACAUUCCAACCUGCACUUCCAGCCUCAGCAGCACCUCUUCUUCAACAUCAGGAACGCCUCCAUCAGCCUGCGCUUCCGGAGGCAGCUGCUCUACUGGUUCUUUUAUGACAUUGGGUCCAUCAACGCCUCUGCGGAUGGUGUCCGCAUCCACACAGUGCUGCAGCUGGCCAAGGAUGAGGCUGGGCGCCUGAAGAUCUCCAAUGUCACCUGCAAUGCCUCCAUUGCCAGAAUGCACGCAGGCUUCUCCGGCACACUCGGGAAGGUCUAUGAAUUCCUGAGCACAUUCAUUGUCACAGCGAUGCGCUUCCUCCUCAGCCAGCAGAUCUGCCCAUCACUGGAGCAUGCCAGCCUGGUGCUGCUGAACUCCUUGUUGGACACAGUGCCAGUGAGAAACUACGUGGAUGAGCACAUUGGGAUUGAUUACUCUCUCCUGCGGGAUCCGGUCAUCUCCACGGACACCCUCGAUCUAGACUUCAAGGGCAUGUUCUUCCCCCGGGCAAGAGAGAACCAGAAGCUGGAGAACCACGCAGUGGAGCCGGUGAUCAAGGAGACUGAGCGGAUGGUCUAUGUUGCCUUCUCAGAGUACUUCUUUGACUCCGCCAUGCACGCCUACUUCCAGGCGGGUGUGCUGGCCAUAGAGCUCCAGGGGGAGAAGGUGCCCAAGGACCUGGAUGUUUUGCUGAGAGCCACCUUCUUCGGGACCAUCUUCAUGCUGAGCCCAGCUGUGGAUGCUCCCCUCCGCCUGGUGCUGCAGGUGUCAGCCCCCCCCCGCUGCACCAUCAAACCCUCUGGCACCUCUGUCUCUGUCUCUGCCUUCCUCAACAUCUCACUGGUACCCCAAGGCCAACCCCCCGUCCAGCUGUCCAGCAUGGCCAUGGAGACAAAGCUGAGUGCCAAGGUGUUUCUGCGAGGGAAGGCACUGCGCAUGCAGCUGGACCUGCGGCGGUUUCGCAUCUACUCCAAGCAGUCUGCACUGGAGUCGCUGGCGCUGUUCUCCCUGCAGGCCCCACUGAAGACCCUCCUGCAGCUGACCAUCAUGCCCAUCAUUAAUGAGAGGACCAAGAAGGGGGUGCAGAUCCCACUGCCAGAAGGCAUGGACUUCACCAAGGAGGUGGUCACCAACCACGCGGGAUUCCUCAUGGUGGGAGCUGAUCUCCACUUCUCCAAGGGGCUGCGGGAGGUGAUUGAGAAAUACCGCCCGGUUCCCACCGCCCCCAGCGCAGGGCCUGCAGAGCCCAGCGUGGAUCCCCACCAGCUCUAGCUCCUUCCCUGCACUGAGGGCAGAUCCCGGGCUGGACCCGUAGGUGGGAGGUAGGAAGCAGUUUUCCCAGUGCCACCGGCACUUCCUGGGGGUGGUAGCAAGGUGGAGACAACCGCUCUGGGAACCCCUGCUGCACCCCUUCUCAUUACACUAAUAAACCACGCGACUCCAAA